AUCAGAGAUUAAACGAAAAUUAACUUAGUAACAACCUUUUAAAAUCCUUUUACAGUUCAUAUUGUCACUUGGUAGUUAACAUGUGUGAAAUCAAAAAAUCAAUUCCCAUUGAUAAUUGAUUUUGAGUUGAAGCUGUGAAUCAGAAAUCUGGUUGAAUUGAAGAAUGCAUUACUGGGUUAGAGCAACAUCUUCUGAUUUCGCCGGAACUCUUCCCCAACCUCGGAGUGGUCAUUCCGCUGUUAACAUCGGCAAAUCCAAGGUUGUCGUGUUUGGUGGCCUUGUCGAUAAGAAGUUUCUCAGCGACAUCGUUGUCUAUGAUAUUGAGGCCAAGCUAUGGUUUCAGCCAGAGUGCACAGGAAGUGGUGGUUCAGAUGGCCAUGUGGGUCCCACCCCACGGGCAUUCCAUGUUGCUGUUGCCAUUGAUUGUCACAUGUUCAUUUUUGGUGGCCGUUAUGGGAGCCAAAGGUUGGGGGACUUUUGGGUUUUGGAUACUGAUAUAUGGCAAUGGUCUGAAUUGACCAGCUUUGGUGACUUGCCUUCACCAAGGGAUUUUGCUGCAGCUUCAGCAAUUGGAAACCGGAAAAUUGUUAUGUUUGGUGGAUGGGAUGGAAAAAAGUGGUUAUCUGAUGUUUAUGUCAUGGACACAAUAUCCCUCGAGUGGAUGGAGCUUUCAGUCUCAGGAACAUUGCCACAGCCUAGAUGUGGGCAUACUGCCACAAUGGUUGAAAAACGGUUGCUUGUAUAUGGUGGAAGAGGAGGAGGUGGACCAAUUAUGGGCGAUUUAUGGGCAUUGAAGGGCCUUAUUGAAGAAGUUUGUAUUUUGUUGUGGAGGGAAGAGAAUGAAGCACCUGGGUGGACUCAAUUAAAGCUUCCAGGUCAAGCUCCUUCCCCCCGCUGUGGCCAUACAGUUACAUCUGCAGGACCCUAUUUGUUGAUGUUUGGAGGGCAUGGGACAGGUGGAUGGUUGAGUCGUUAUGAUAUCUAUUAUAAUGAUUGCAUUAUAUUGGACAGAGUUUCAGCACAGUGGAAACGGCUAUCCAUAGGGAAUGAACCUCCUCCUGCUCGAGCAUACCACUCGCUGACGAUGAUUGGUUCACGGUAUUUGCUAAUUGGUGGCUUUGAUGGGAAAUCAACUUAUGGUGAUUCAUGGUGGUUAGUCCCUCAAGAGGACCCAAUUGCAAAUAGGUUAACUGCAUCUCCACCAAGAAAUAUUCUUGAAAUUAAGGAUGCUACAUCACUUAAUGAUGAUUUUCAACCUCAAAUGAAGGAUAACCAAACAGAGAAAUUUCAUUUCUCAGAAUUGCAAAGAAGAUUGCAAAUAUCAGUUUCACCAUCCAAUUCCAGGCUUCCAAUUGUGAAUGAGUUGGACGAUAAAGAGCUUCUUGAAUUAGCAUCGAGAUUGGCAGGUGACGAAGUUUCAGCAAAUUCCCUGGCAAUUGAAGGACUUCGUGAACACUGGAAGAAGACUGAAUCUAAUAUGGUUAAACUCAAAGAGCUUGGACCUUUGCUUCGGGAUUACCAACGUCUAAUUCACCGGCACCAUAUAGAAAGAAGUGCCUCUGACCAGCAACCUGGAUUUGGUGAACAUGUGAUGCAUCAAUUUUACCAUGUCAAAAGUGUUUCUCAGUUGCGCAUGGAUGAUGUUCCGAAACUUUUGGCAGAGUACAAACAGCUACCUCUAUGAACUUUUGUUUGAUAAAAAGGUUUUUUUUCCUCUAUAGACAAGAAACCAAAGAAUUCCAUGAUGGACGUAUUUUAAUUUCUAUGAAAUGCAUAACAUAUUAACAUGGUUCCACAUAAGUAUUCAUGAUUUAGUGUUAAAUAUCCUGAAAUGUUGUAACCUUUCUUAUUCCCGUUCCUUCUUUUUUUUGGAACAUUGAACAUUAACGAAUGUGGUCAAUCAUAUGUUUCGCUUUUUUCUCAAUCUAUCGAGAGAAAUCCGUUCA